UUCAAAACUUUUUGAAUCAAAAACUGUGUUCUCCAUGGCAGAGUUAGAGAGUCCAAUGAUGCCAAAGAUGAUAACUUUCCUUUCAUCACUUCUUGAAAGAGUUGCCGAAUCAAAUGAUGAGACAAAACACCAACAAAAGAUUUCAAUUUUUCAUGGUUUAACAAGACCCAACAUCUCAAUUCAAAACUAUCUUGAGAGAAUUUUCAAGUAUGCAAAUUGUAGUUCAUCAUGCUACAUUGUUGCUUAUGUCUACCUUGAUCGUUUCUCAAAGUCACAACCUUCUUUGCCUAUUAAUUCCUUCAAUGUUCAUCGUUUGUUGAUCACUAGUGUUAUGGUUGCUGCUAAAUUCAUGGAUGAUGUGUGUUAUAAUAAUGCUUAUUAUGCAAAAGUUGGAGGAAUCAACACAACAGAAAUGAAUUAUCUUGAGUUAGAUUUUUUGUUUGGUUUAGGUUUUAAUUUAAAUGUGACACCAAACACUUUCCAAUGCUAUUGUGUUCAUCUUCAAAGAGAAAUGCUGCAAAUGCAACCUCUAAAAUUUGCAGAUUCUUCACUAAGUUUAGCAAUAUCACUAAAGGCACAUUUAUGCUUCAAUGAAGAUGAAUCUUCCCAUCAAAAGCAACAAAAACUAGCUGUUUGAUUUAUGCAUGUAGAAUUGUUGACUAGUUUUGUAAAUGUAGUGAAUCUUUCACAUAUUGCAAUUAGAUUACUUUUUCUU